CAGGCUGAUACCCCCAGUUUACCUGACUUGGUCCUUGAACCGGACAACUGUGCAGAAUAUACGGUAACAUCUGCCUUGAUCACAGCAACAGAUUGUUCGUUUUGCCUUUUUGAGCGUCCUGUCUGUCUGAUCGUCCAUCCCAGCUCCAACUUGCCUCCUCUACUUCUGAUAUCGCAACAACGCACCUACCGAGUAACAAUCGCAGGCGCCAUAUCAUAAGUCCACGACAUACCGCCUCACACGAUCGAAGCCACCUAAUCAACUUGUCCAUCGCAUUCUUCUUCGCUCAAUAUGUCGACAAAACGUAUCGAAAAAUGGGAAAUCGAUCGCUACUGGGAGAUCUUCUCCUCCCUAGUCACAGCCCCAGCGAGCCCGUCCUCACACUUGACUAAUGCUGCUGCGGCCGCUGUCCUUCGCAAUUCCCAUCUUCGUGAUGACCAACUUGAGCGCGUCUGGGAUCUGGCGGACGUUGAUGGCGACGGCGAACUCGACUUCGAGGAAUUCUGCGUCGCCAUGCGUCUCAUCUUCGAUCUGGUCAACGGCGAAUACCAGGACGUGCCGAAGAGUCUACCAGAUUGGCUCGUACCCGAAAGCAAGGCGCACCUCGUUGCCGCAAACAGGGCACUCACAGGCGCACCGAGCGCAAGAUUUGAACGGAUCGAGGACGAUGAGGACGACGCAGGUUUAAAAGAUGGAUUCGACUGGUACAUGACGCCCGGCGACAAGAGCAAGUAUGAAGAGAUAUAUAGCGCCAACAAGGAUCGACGAGGCGAGAUCAGUUUCGAGUCUCUACACAGCUUGUACAGCAGCCUUGACGUGCCGGACACGGAUGUGCGGAGUGCGUGGAACUUGGUAAAUACAAGCGGAAGGGAUACUAUCAGCAAGGAUGCGUGUCUUGCAUUCUUGCAUAUCCUCAAUUACAGGCACGAGGGAUACAGGAUACCCAGGACGGUGCCGCCGAGUCUGAGGGCGAGUUUCGAAGGAAACAAAAUCGACUAUCAGAUCGACAGUAUGCGGAAUAGACCGAACAAAUAUGACGAAGAGACUUCAACGGGGAGGAAAGCCAAGUUUGGAGAUGCAUAUCUCAGUCGAAUCGGCGGACGGGGAGGUUCGGCUUACCAACCCAAAGGUACAGAUUUCUCGGAUGUCGUCGAGGACGAGGAUCUGGAGAAGGUCAGAUUACUACGGGAACUGAGAGAACUGGAGAGUCAACAUGAUGCGGCCAUUGCAGCAUCGGACAGACGACGAAAACAGCGACAGGAGAACGGCUCGAGGCAGCCUGGCAAGACGAAUUGGACGCUGGUCAAGCGAGAGGCUCAGCAAAUGCUUGAAUAUAAGCAACGGCAGUACGUGGACCUAAACUCGGACAAAGCAAAUCAAUCCGGAAACGAUCUUAAGAGACUGAGAGACGACUUAGCCCUGGUGGCGGAACAAAUAGAAGGGCUAGAGUCGCACCUGAGGAAACGCGAAUCCGAGCUGGAAAACAUUCGACGCGAGAUCGAAAACGAGAAGAGCAGUAGAUAGCGAAUGGGGUAUGGAGAACCAUGGCAGUGUCGUAGUUCAAUACGAGACUGGCUCAUAAAAUAUCAGUUCAACUUCUGAUCGAAGUUUAGCGGAUACGUUGUACAACUGUACAGUUCGAUAGCAAUGCUCAGACAACAAUUUCCCC